UAAAUGAAAUGGUGAACUUUCUAGGGUUUAUAGCUUUUAUCUUAAUAUUCUCAGUAUCAUCAGUCCACUCCAACUGCCCAAGCCAGAUUUUCCCAAAUACAAGUUACUACGAAUGUGACGACCUCCCUACACUCAACUCUCGCCUCUACUGGUUGUUCGACCCGUCUAUCUCCUCCUUGUCGAUCGCCUUCACUGCUCCGCCUGCCGAACCAGAGGGCUGGAUUGCAUGGGGGAUAAACCCAAUCAGCACGGGCAUGCUCGGGGCACAAGUUUUGGUUGCCUUUAGACAACCCAUCGGCAGCAUAACGGUGAAGACAUUCCAUUUAACUUCGUAUACCAUCCUAGUAGAGGCUCCAAUUGAUUUUGAGGUACGGCAGAUGAGUGCCGAGGCGUCCACGGGGUUGGGAUUCAUCACCAUAUUUGUUACGAUAAGGAUGCCAGAAAAUAUUCAAACUUUGAACCUGGUAUGGCAAGUAGGCGCAGCUGUAUCGGAUGGAGUUCCUCUUAUCCACGAGCUCAACACAAACAAUCUGCACUCCAGAAAACCUCUAACUAUAAGAGCACGGGGCCAGAAGUCACCGGAAAAAAAAAUUACUGGCCUGGUUGUUAACAUCGUGAUUGGAAUCGGCAUCUCACUAUUUGUUGCACUGGUUGGCCAUUUCUGUAGUAGGAUGUGUUGUAAGAAAGAGCAAAUAGGACACACAGAUAUCACCAAAGCCGCAACAUCAGCCGCAGCCUCAGCAGCAACCUCUGCCGCAACCACAGCAGCAACCUCAGCUGCAACCGCAGGUUGUGGAUGACAUCGAGGGUGAACUUAGGGCUUCAGAUAUCUAGAGAAGCUGAAGAUGUCAUUACGGACGGGUCUUGUGACAACGUUUAUUCUCCAACAUAUAUAGCAUUAUGCGUGU